UUUCACCAUAACAGACAGACCUAUCGUUUGGCUUCAAAAUGUCUUUUAUUGUUGCUAAUUGUACAAAUUGUAGAUCUGUCAUCACAAUGUUAUACUGUGUUCCCCCAAGCGACUCCUUUUAGAUUUUAAUGUGCAUUCCAACUGACUUACUGAUGCCUCUUGAGGAUUAAAGUGUUAUUGCGCUCGGGGAAAUUAACAUUUUCAUAGUCGCUCUUUAUCUGGAUUAGAUACGACAUUGGCCAUAUUGUUCGUACGUAUGGUUUGUUUUAUCUAAUAUUUGAAUGAAUUAAAGGAUAAAUGAUGAAUCUGUUGAUUGUCACGCUUGUGUUCCGGCAGCUUCCUCCUAACACCGCCCCGCCGGGACCACCGAGAAUGCGCGACCAAGCGCCCACCAACACUACCACCGGGGAGCGGGGUGCGAGGACGCAGGCAUGCCGAGUAGGAGCGACUCUCUGCCGGCCUGCCGCCGCCUCGUCUCCCGCUGGUUACCGAGGAGGUCUCCCAGAGGUUUUCCACAGGUCCUCGCCGGUUCUUGGUAGUGAAGCAACGGAGAAGAAGAUGCCGGGCUGGCACGUAAUGACGUGAUGGUUCUGGUUCGUGUGCAGCGAGGUUGCCAGAAGAAACGGGUUGCAGAGAUUUUGCGUGAAAAGGGUUUGAUGGAGAUCUGGUCGAAUGUCAGCGGGAACGAUCGUGAUAGCAGGAGGAAUUCUUGCCGGAGUCAUUCUCGUGUGCAUUGUCGCCAUCCUAUGUUAUUGUCGACUGCAGUACUACUGCUGUAAGAAGAAUGACUCCGAGACGGACCCGGCCCCGGCCCCGGCGGCACCAUCCACCCCGCUCUCCCACUUCCCGUGCGAGACGUGCGACGCGCUGGCCAACGACGGGGCCGCCAUUACUCCCGUUUCUUUGGAGCAGCUGGACGCCGGCGUCCAGUGCCUCGCCUGCUCGCCGUACACCCGGCGCGCCGCCCCCCAAGUGCUCAACGGGGGCGAGCGUCUGGGCUUCCACACGUACUACGAGACUCCGCUGCCGUUGGGUUACGCCUGUCCGACCCCCCCGCCCAGGCCCUACAGCACCCAGGUGUGACCUUUGAACUGCGCAAUACCGGCCCACCUGAACUUUUGUGGCUUUGGAGCAACAUAGCACCAAAAUGUUUCUAGCAUCUGAAAUGAUUAACUUUAUUUCUUUUCUUUUUUUUCUUCAUUCUUAUUCCCGCUUUUGAAUUGCGACUUCUUUUAGUGUUGAAAGUAUUCAAAACUUUAGCACUUCCAAGAAAGUCAAAUAAUAUAUAAAAUAAAUAAAAUAUUCCAUUUUGUUAGACAUAUUUUAGCUUUUGUGAGGGCUUUAACAUACUCAAAACAUUUGACAUAUUUAUAGAUAGAUUCUAGAUUCGUACAGCACAUAUAGAAAGAUCUAAAAAUAUAACAAAAAGGAGAACAUAUAGUAUUAUACAUUCAUAAUUACUCAUAUUUUAAGAAAUAAUUUUAGGAUUUAUUUAAUAUACAACUUCUAAACUCAUAUUUUAAGAAAUGAUUUUAGGAUUUAUUUAAUAUACAACUUCUAAAUAUUUGAAGGGUCUUUUUUAAAAUUAAAUAAAGUAAUUGUCUGUGAUUGUGUGCAUGGGGGGCUUGUUCAAAUUAAUCAUAAUUUUUUUUAAAAUACAAUACGCCACAGAAACUCUCUUGUAGAAGCUAUCACUUAUUACUUUUAACUGACUUUUUAAAAAAAUAAUUGAAAUGUUUCAUGAAUUUUCCAAUAACUACUACUACACAUUUAUUUAAUCCAUUAUUUUUUAGUUUAGCUGUUUUAAGUCAACCCCCCCCCCCCCCCCCCGACCGACCUUUGUGGCGUUUCAGUUCACCCACAUCCCUGCUCGUGUUCACUGAGACGCAAAACUGAGGGCUAACUGUUUUACCUUGGCUGAAAGAUUUUUUUUCUCUAUAAAGAAUUAUGACAAUGAAGAAUUUUGUGUCCAACAACAACAAAAAUCAUAUGCUGUAUUUGUCCCUGCAUGGAGGUGAUGUCUUCCAUGCUGUGCACGUUUACAUUACGCCUACUUCCUGUUUAUACAAACACGUCAUUAUUUCAAAAUGUAUAAAGACAAGUACGGCCUGUGCACUGUUUAGAGCAAGUUCAUAAUUUCCUCACAAUUCUUUUUUU